GAACGAUUUGCUCCACGGCUCAAGUAUCAUCUUCUUCCUCUUCUUCCCUGUAAACUGGUGGCUGGAGCAUUGGGUUAGGGUUUAUUUUCUCAUCGCUUAUCCUCAUUGGGGCUCUAUCCCCCUCUCACUCCCUCGUCUUUGGACUUCCUAAACCCUGAAGUUCGUAUAAACGAAGAUUUUGAUGGGAUUUUGUUUGCUUUUUGUGGGUUUUCUUUGAACAUUAUAAUCUGUAUUGGAUGGAUAUGGUUCUAUAGUUUAGAAGAAAGAUGGCUUUUUGGUGUCGGAUUAGAUACUCUAGGCUCAAUAGCCUAUCCUCUCGAUGGAAGAGAUGUUACUUUCAGGCUCCUGACGUUAGGUUGGCAAAUUACAUAUCUGGAAGGAACAUAACCCAGGUUUCAAGGAGAACUGAUUCCUUUUUCCGGCAUAGAUCGGGCGAGCUGUACGACACUGUUCGGUUUUUCGCGGCACCUGUCCAGGCUAAAUCUAAGGUGGAAGUGAAAGACUCUGGUGGGCCUAGGAUUAAUGGCCAGAUUACUGCUGAAUUUAUUAGGCUCGUCAUGGAUGAAGGGCAUGCAAUUGUCUCGAGGCGUGAGGCUCUAGAACGUGCAAGGAAGCUCAAGCUUGAUUUAGUUGAGGUUCAAAGAAAUGCAAAACCACCUGUCUGUAAAAUCAUGGACUUCCAUAGAGAGAAGUAUAAACAACAAGUAAAGGAAAAAGACAAAUCAAAAACCAAGUCCGAGGUGACUCUGCGCAAAGGAGAUUGCAAAGAAGUACGCUUUUCAGGAAAAACUGAACAAAAAGACCUUCAGAUGAAGGCAGACACAGUGAAGAGGUUGAUGGAACGCGGCUAUCGCGUAAAGUGUAUGGUCAUGGGCACAGAAGACCAAGAUCUGGGGGGAUUAUUAUCUCGUCUAUCAUCUUUGAUAGAAGAAUUUUCCAUUGUGGAAAGUGGACCACGGGUGGAAAAAAGGCAAGCAUAUGUUAUAGUCAGGCAUAUCAAGUUUGGCCCCUCGAAGAAAGGCCCCAGCAAAAAAGCUACCAAAGCUGUGGGAACUACUGGCAAUGAGGUUCCAAAGGCAACUACAUUACCACCGACUCUCAAUAGUGCCAACUCAAUUCCAAGUGCUCAGCACAUUGAGGAUAAACCCUCUGAAUCUGGUCUAGAAACUGAGGAUGAGUUCGUUAUUGAUGAAGCAGACUCAUCUAUAGACAGUCCAAUGGAAGCAGCUGAUGGAGAUAAUAAAGCAAACAAUGCGGCUUGGUCAGUUUUUAAUAAUAAUGAUGAGUUUGCAAAAGUGUUUGACUUUGACAAUAAUAGGAAUGGGGUUGGUUCAAGUUCUGCCGAUGUACAAAUGGAUGGUGCAGCAGUAACAAUCUCCCAACGAGAAAAUGUUGACAGUGUAGUCUUGCAUCCCAAGCCAGUACCUGGAACCAUGAAAGCAGCUGAGCCAUCGCUUGGUGGUGAGAAUACAUGCAGAAAUAGCGAUCCUGUGAGCAGGCUUCAGCCAAGCUCAAUACAGAGUUCCUCACCUGAGAGUAACCUGUUCUCUGAACUGUCAGAGUUUUCUUCAUCAGGUGAAAGUGGCCAUGUUAACAGGGGCUCAGGUGGAAUGGACUUGGGGAGGGUAGGGUCACAGUUUCCAAUUCAAGGAAAUCAAGGCAGGCAGCGACAAACAGUUUUGAAUGUUUCUCCAUCAGCAGAACAAAAACAAUUUGGAAUUGAGGCCUCAUUGAGAAAAGUGCAGCGUCCUUCCACAGAUGAGACUCAAAAGCAUAUGGACUUGGGGAGAGUAGGGUCACAGUUUCCAAUUCAAGGAAAUCAAGGAAGGCAGCGACAAACAGUUUUGAAUGUUUCUCCAUCAGCAGAACAGAAACAAUUUGGAAUUGAUGGCUCAUUGAAAAAAGUGCAGUGUCCUUCCACAGAUGAGACUCAAAAGCAUGGUCCUUCUCAACCUUCUCCAACUUCCCCAGCAUCAAGUUAUGGCAUUUUUAGUACUCCAGAGCCUACUACACCUCGCAAGGAGAAUGCAGGAAUGGAAGGGAACAGGGAUAAGGAAAGAAACUCCUUUGAUGCCAAAAAGAGUCAACAUUUAAGUGGGAUUGCUUCUGAUCCAAAGCCAUCUACGUCACAUGCUGAGAGCAGGCAAAGGCCGGAUGUCAGUACAUCACAACCAGGGGGAUGGGGAAUAUUCAGCAGGGAAGGCUCUGGUGGGAACAACAGUAGGGUUUCUGAUAAUGAAAAUAGAGUGCAAAGAUAAUCUCAAUUGCAAAAAUGGUAAGUUGGGUCUGUUUUUUUAUGUGGCACCAGCCUUCCAGGUGCAUUAUUCCUUGGUUGAGCAACUGUCAAAAAUGUACUUCUAAAGUUAUCACUGAACGUCAAUAUUAAUGCUGUGUAGUAGGGUUUCAAGGGCUGCGGAAGUUUUCUGAUGAUUCCGCAGCAAUUUUUCAUUUGUUAUUUAUUGUUAUA